AUGCACGCUCCAUUCUGCCGCCCUGUUCGCCAUAUCGAACUGUCGUGCGUGGAUGCCCAGCCUGCCACACUUGACCCAAUCACAAGAGCCCGGCGCCCCGUCGUCGGGUGGGACCCCCAGCCCGAACGUGGCACCCUGCUCCGUGUUACCAGCCGACCACACGUCUCAAAGCUUGCACAGCUCUGCACCCGUAGAUUCGGUCCCAGACCCCGCUCCUCAACGGUGCCAGUCCACCUUCUCCAAGCCGCAGGGAGCUACUAUGGAUCCAACCAUGGGAAUACCAGCCUGAUGCGGUAUCACACAACCGCCAUGUCAUCUCUCUGCCUCCAACAGAGCUUGCGCGGUAUUCGCGGUCUACACUACGGAGCACUUAUCCGAUCCUCCAGGGAUAGACAUGUCCCUUCUCCGAGGACUCCCGCGCCUUCCACGUAA